GUUUUUGAACGACUUUUAGCGACUUAACCUCGUUUUAUUUUCGGCAUUUAAAAGUAAACUAAGAAAGUAGUGUUAGGUGUGAGUGGUUCCUUUUUAAGCAAAACACAUUUUACGUAAUGACUUGGUUUCGAUGGUGGCACAAGCACGCCAGAAUUUGGUUUAGUCCAAAGUCACCAGAGCAAGCUACAAAAUGGACAAAAAAACUAUCAGCAAUUUACGUUUUCUUCGCUUGGAAUGCUUUGGGCUUAUUAUACUUCAAAUACCAAUCAGAAGGCAAAAAAUUACAAUUAACACCUGAGCAACGGACAGGACUUAGUAAAGGUCAACAAGAAGCUUUAGAACGAGGAGACCAGAAAGCAAAAAUUAUAAGAAUAGAUGGCUUUAAUAUUUCAGUACUUGAUCCACCGGUUACCAAACUUGAGACAGGGCUCAAUAAAGAAACACUAAAGAAUUAAACGUGAACCUAGAAACUAAAUAAUGUGGAUAAUAAGUUAAAAGUUUAUAGACCUAACAGGAAAGAUUAUGGCUAUUCAAACUACUGAAGUAUAUACCUCUAAAUCAGAUCAAGGUGGAAAAAUACCUGCAUUUUUAGACAAACUUACAAUAUCAAUGUUAACAUGAUUUGGAGUUUUAAAUUUAAAUAUAAUAAAUGUUACGAAAUUGAAUGUAUCAACGGAAACAUCGUCAUAUGUAUUAUCUAAUAUUAAUCUAAUUAUAUUCGGAGAGUUAUGUA